AACAAAUUAAAACUAAUUUUACAAUGCUUUUGUAAUACACAGAUAAUUCUAAAAUUUUAAAUUGAUACUAGAUCAUAAUAUUAAUAUUAAAUAAAUAAGUACAAUAAGUUAAAGGAGAAAAAAAAAACAAUUUCAAUUCAAUUAAUUUAGUGCUCAGUGGAUUUGUCAAGGGCCAAAUGGCUCUCAGUUUGUUAUGAUGGAGACAUUCCUUGUCCUGGGUUUAUGUUUUAUACUCUACGAAGCAUUGGAUUUCUUUCAAGGAUGCAUACAUAGUGCAACUCCCUCUGCCAGUGAUCAAAUAGAUGCAUACCGUCGUCAGUUGGACGAACAACGUCAAAAGCAGCAAGAAGAACAAUUCUUGGCAAAUUUAACUCCACUUCUGAGUGCUCAACUAGCUGCUGCUGGAUUUAAUCUAUCAACUGCCACAACACCAACCGCUUCAACGGCAAGUGUUAUAAGUGAUUUGAAAGCUCAAGUUCAAACUGAUUCUGAAAACUAUUCCGUAAGUACACCCGCGUUGAAUUCUGGAGGAAGUGGAGGCGUUGGUGGUGAAAGUGGAUUUAGGCCUGCUAAUCGUAGUGUUUUCGAAGCUCAACAAAUACAUAAUACCUCGUCAUUGCCUAGAGACUAUUACUACUUGCAGCAACAACAGUUGAAAAACAAGAAUUCGUCUAAAUCAUUACUGUCAAAAUUUUCAACAUCUGGUUCUGAUAAUCGCAUUUUUCCAGAAGCUCCCAGUAUUUUAGGGAACCCUGCGGGCGUUAUUACAACACAACCUGUGUUACAACACCAGCGGAACUCAUUCGACUCGCCAACAUCCAUCAUCCCUGAGCACGCAGCAAAUUCUAUAAUUACUCACGAUUUGAAGAGAGCCCUUUUAAAAAACCACAACAAUAACAACGACGAUCCCAACAUUCUCUCUCGUCACAACUCACAGACAACCUUGUCAUCGCACGAAGCAUCCUCCUCCGGAGAAGAGGACGACUCUGAAGCAUCUUCGACACAAGGUGAAGCUUCCCUCGAUUCUUGUCCGUACAACUCUGACCACGAUAUCAACGAGGAUCGUACGUUCACAGUGGGUUCGUGUUCAUCAUCGCAUGCCGAUUUUCGAGAAAUUGAAUGUGAACGACUGCGCCGCCAAUGUGUGAGCGUUAAACGCAUUUAUAGCAUAUCGGAGAAAUUUUAGAAAUAUUAAAAUAUCUAAAAUUCAAAAAUAAAACCAAAAACAAUCAUUAAAACAUGUUUGCAAAAACAUUAUUGGUUAAAGAUUUGCUGAAAAAUUAUUAUUAACAAAAAAGGUAUUAUCAAGUGAAAACUAAAAUUUCUAAAAAAAAACACAGAAAAACUUAAGAAAAAGCACACACCUCUUUCGAAUCAAUCUUCAUAACUACAAUUGCACUUUUAUUUCAAUUUAAGAGAAAUCACGCAUAUUCAAGCAUUUCACGCAUAAUUUUUCGUAAG